AUGAUGUUGCAGCAACGUCAUCAAGUGCUUAGUCAAUUAAAAAUUCAGUUGGAGAAAGCACAACUGCGCAUGAAAACUAAUGCAGAUAGGAAGAGACAUGAGAGAACAUUUCAAGUUGGGGACAAGGUUUUGCUAAGGUCGCAGCCUUACAGACAGUUGUCUGUAGCUAGGAGAGCUAAUCAUAAACUAGCCAAAAGGUAUUUUGGACCCUUUCUAGUUGAAAAGGUAAUCAGUCCUGUGGCUUACAGAUUAACUCUACCUAAAGGGAGUAUGAUUCAUCCAACCUUCCAUGUAUCCUUGUUGAAACCGUUUUAUGGUAAGGCUGAUGUGAACUAUGAGCCUUUACCUAUUUCGAGUAUGGACAACAAACCUAUUCAGCAACCGAUAGCAGUGUUAGCCACAAGACAGACAAAGUUUAGAGGAAGGUUAACAACAGAGUAUCUAGUUCAAUGGUCUUCCACUGUCCUUGAAGAUGCUUCUUGGGUGGAGAGGAUGGAGCUGCACCAAGUUUAUCCUGACUUAAACCUUGAGGACAAGGUUACUGUUGCAGGGGAGAUUGUUGAUACGAAGGAGGAGGAGGGAGCUCACAAGCGUGGAACCAGAUUGAGAGGGUGUCCUAGUUGGGUUAAGGAUUACACUCAGUAG